GGGAGCCGGAGAGCGCGCUUUGCCUGAGCCGGCCCGAGAGCGGCCGAGCAGAGUGUGGGGCGUCGGCGCGAUGGCUCCGGCUGUGGACCGCAAAGGCUACUGGGGCCCCACGACCUCCACAUUGGACUGGUGUGAGGAGAACUAUGUGGUGACCUUGUACAUCGCUGAAUUCUGGAAUACAGUGAGUAACCUGAUUAUGAUCAUACCUCCAAUUUUUGGUGCAAUUCAAGGCAUUAGAGAUAGACUGGAGAAACGGUACAUUGCUGCUUACGUAGCACUCACAGUGGUAGGAAUGGGAUCUUGGUGUUUCCACAUGACUCUGAAAUAUGAAAUGCAGCUGUUGGAUGAGCUCCCCAUGAUUUACAGUUGCUGCAUAUUUGUAUACUGCAUGUUUGAGUGUUUCAAGACAAAGAGCUCAAUAAACUACCAUCUUCUUUUUACCCUAUUUCUAUUCAGUUUUAUAGUAACCACGAUUUACCUAAAAGUAAAAGAGCCUAUAUUCCAUCAGGUCAUGUAUGGAAUGUUGGUCUUUACAUUAGUACUUCGUUCUAUUUAUAUUGUUACAUGGGUUUAUCCAUGGCUUAGAGGACUAGGUUAUACAUCCUUGACUGUCUUUUUAUUGGGGUUUUUAUUGUGGAAUGUAGAUAACAUCUUUUGUGAUUCACUGAGGAACUUUCGAAAGAGAGUGCACCCUGUCCUAGGUGUUACAACACAGUUUCAUGCAUGGUGGCAUAUUCUAACUGGCCUGGGUUCUUAUCUUCACAUCCUUUUCAGUUUAUAUACAAGAACAGUUUACCUGAGGUACAGGCCAAAAGUGAAGUUUCUCUUUGGAAUCUGGCCAUUGGUCAUGUUUGAACCUCAGAGGAAGCAUUGAUGAAUUAUUCUACCAAGAAAAUAAAAAGUACCUACUGUAUGUAGUUCUGCCAAGAUGGUCAAGAAACCCUCAAAGACUUGUACAUUCGAAGACACCAUGGCCAUCACAAGAGAUGAAUGACUCAGCCACAGAGAAUGGGCAGUUGGUCUGUUGUUUAGUUCCUGGCUUUAUCUCGUUUGCCCUGGACCUAAGAUGCUUAGAGAGAAACAGACGUGUAUAUUUAUAUUCUAGAGUGGGGAAGAAGUUGGGCUUUUCUUAACAGGUUAACAGUUUGUGCUGGUCAUUCAUGAAAAAUUAAUAUUUUUUUCUUUUUUUCUAUUUUUACAAGGGUUCCAUGUUAAUUGUACCUUUAUUAAUUUUUAAUUAAAUAUUGAACAGUCAUUAAGUACUGGCAAAAUCCCAUAUCCAGAUGGUCGACUGUGAGCCAGCACUUAGCCGUGUCAGCUUUGAUUUACAUUUAUUAUAUUAACUUCACAGAUGGCUUUCCAGUAAUAAAAAAGAAAAGGUGUGGGAUUCUAGGCAGCUCCUUGCUAUCUGCCUUGGUGCUAGCUAGAGUCUUGGAAGCAAACUCCAACCUGCUAGUGAGUGGGCUCUGUUCUCAUCACAUUCAAGAUUUUGUCCUGGGCUCUGUGGCCCACAGCCAUUCAAAGGAUGGGCCAUCCUACACCUGUUCAGAAGCUUUCUCAGAGCACCUGUGGAAUGUAGCCCUCUCACCAGUUAAAGGCUGUUGUUUUGCUUUCUUUGAUCUUCAAAUUAUUAUUAUUAUUAUUAUUAUUAUUAUUAUUAUUAUUAUUAUAUCUAGCAAAUUUAACUGGUAAUCUGUAAGACAACACAGUUUAAUUGACUUUAUCAGGGAAAGUUGUGAGUUUUUUACUUUUUGCAUCAUGCAGCAUGCAUAGUGAAACAAAUAGUUCUAAUUCGGAUUUGAAUAUAUACAAAAUUGAAUUGAUUCUCAUGAACAGUAAAUGAAAGAUCAUAUGUUAAAUCUGUUGUUUGCAUCCUGAGCUAUGGCCUCAAAAAAAAGUAGGGUUUUUUUCUCAUGUAAAAUUGGUUUAAAAAAAUUCUCAUCUUUUCAAUAUUCAUUAACAAACUUCAGCCUGGCAAGAUGAUGCAUGCCUUUAAUCACAGCACUUGAAAGGCAGAGAUAGGCAAAUCUCUGUAAUUUUAAAGCCAGCCUGGCCCAUAUAGUUCCAGGACAGGCAGGAAUACAUAGUGAAACUGUGUCUCAAAAAAGAAAAACAGUGUUUGGUUCAUUACGUAGCCUUGGAAUAUUUAUAAAACCAAAAAUGUUUCCUUCACCCUCUGCCUUAGCUUUUUAAAGCCCAAGUACCAGCUUCCUUCCUUUACAUCUCAGAUGGCCACUAAACAAGCACACCUUUUAUAAAAGCAAGACACGCCAAAACAUAAAUCCAAGAGAACCCUAGCUGUGCUUGGACUAUACGCAUGGAUCAGAGUCUAGAGCACAUUUACCGAAUUUCCCAGUUUCUUGUGUUCUGGAACAAGAACUGGACCAGGGACACAUGUAUGGUGAUGGAAAUGGAGAGCUUUUGUUAGGCAGAAAGAAAAAUAUUCCCCAGAAUGAGAGUAUGUCCAAGGACUAGGAAAGGACUAAGGCUGAAAAGCCUUGGACCAAAAGAGUCUCUGUUCUUUAUAGGACCUUUGCAUAGCCUCCAUCUUUUCUGGCAAUUAGAGAAGGCAGGGCUUUUUUUUUUUAAAGCAUGCUGUUUUGUUAUGCAUAGAUUUGUUGGAGAGGUUUCCAGUCUUCCUUUGGGAUUGAUUUUUGUUUGUUUGCCUCUAGAAUUUCUUAUUCUCCUACCUCACUUUACCCUAUCCUAAGAGCUAUGGUUCCAAAAAUCUUUUUGAGGAGUUAAAGGAUGAUUAUCUAUUUUGUAUAAUUUCCAUGUUAAUGAGGGAUGUAGUCUUUGCCAAAGAGAGACCAAAGCUCUCUUCCUAUUUUAUCUACUGGUUGGAGAGGAGGCUCCUUAGGAGUUUUUUAGGAGAGUUUUUGUUUUUGGAGUUGCCUUGAAUCCUGGUUUCAUAAUUAUAAAUUGUACAUGAUUUUUUAAAAAAUGUAAGAAUUUGGGCUGGAGGGAUGGUUUAGCAUUUAAGAGCACUCAUGCUCUUGCAGAAGCCUUGAGUCUGAUUCUCAGCACCCACAUCGUAGCUCACAACCAUUCAUGACUAUAGUUUCUAAGGUUCUAACAACCUCUUCUAACAUCUGCUGGCACCAGGCAUGCACAUUGUACACAUCCAUACACCUAAAAUAAAUAAAUUUUUUAAAAAUUGUCAAUGUAAAAAUAAUAUGAUUAUGUCAACCAUUGGCUCCAGAAAGGACCAGAGUCAGGAAAAGCAUAGCUAUGCUUAUGUAAACUAUUCUGAGUAUGGUCCUUUAGAUUGUUAAAACAACAACAACCAAAACAAAACAAAAUCCACAAGCAAAAAACCCCAAAGUGAUAGUUAUGCAUUAAGGUUAUGGCAAAAUACAAAAAGAACAAUUUUUAGGAAAAAAUCCAGUAGUGGAAUAGAUUAAAGAGAAGAAAGUAUGGGAUUGUAACCAUUGAGUACCAACAAUGCCAAAAGAAAAAAUGAAAAGCCAAAACAUGUAAUUACUGAUAGUUACUUUGCCUUUAAGAAGUGAAAGCAUUCUGUUUGUUGCCUGAAGAGAUCCUUUAAAUCCUUCAGCUUUUUAAUGGCUUAUAUUAUAUGUAGCCUGUUGUUAAGGUGUUCUUGAGGCUGUGGACUUGGGUCUUAUGGACCCUGGUGCCACUUCCCUAGAAUGACCUCUAACAGGUUAUAUCCUGUCUCUAAACAUCUAGUGCCCUUCUUCAGUGAACUGUAUUACCCUGUCAGAUACAGUAUAUUGUCUCUGCCCAGGAUCUCCAGAGAAAUAAGAUUUUAGCAAUAUGCUAAGUUAUAACUAAAAUAAGGAAGACUUUUCCUUUUUGGUAAGACUUAAUAGUAUGUCCUUUUUAUUACAUACAGAGUAAAUAUACCUGGUCUGAUAUUGCUGCUUGAUGGUAUUAUAAUCCUAUAAUUUUCAUUAGGGAAAGUAAGUUCAACUUAAAGAUCUUUGGCAAAUAUAACCACCAUUCUAGAUGUAUCUCAGCCUUACCAGAAAUCUUACCUCCAUCACUUGUACACUAAGAACAUGCCUAUAAAAGGAAUCAGUCUAACAGAAGAAUUCUUAACACAGCAUUCAGAGCGUUGGAUCAACAUAGAGCAUUUUGAUGCUGUUUUGUUUUUGUUACCCCUGACUUUAAAAAAAAAUGAAAUAAAAUUUUAAUCUUUCACAGAA